UAUUGGCUAUUAGAAGGAAAGUUUGACAUUUUAGUACUUUCCGAAACGAAACUGGAUUGCAGUUUUCCAGAUAGUCAAUUUAUGGUGGCCGGAUAUCGAAUGUGUAGGGCUGACAGAAACAUACAUGGCGGUGGUUUAUUGUGUUAUAUCCGCGCAGAUCUCUGCUUUAAAGUAAUUAAAGACCUGCCCAAUCUUCGAUUAUGUGAGCGUGAACGGUACAAGACUGAAUCGAUUGUGCUGAAGGUGAGGAUAGCUAAAAAGUGGGUAACCAUUGUCGGUAUCUAUAGACCUCCAACAUCUGUGUCUGUCCCACAAUCGCUA